AAUGACUAUCUCACCUAUCGGCGUCUUCACUCGCGUUACGGACUCAGUCCAUCUCCACGCACGGCCUUCAGUGCCCACCGCACCAGAUAGCCAGUACGACGCCAAAGGCACCUCAGAAGCCAGUGGUCCCGAUGCAAGUCAAGGCCACUGGCCAUUGACGAACGUUAUCCACAAUGUGCAAGCUCAGAUCUGCAAGGGACCUACCACUGUCGUAGCUGGCGUUCUCGACGCAGUAGGAGUCCACCAAGAUUUCGUUGAUAACCGUAAGGGUCCUGGUGGAAGCCAAGAUCACUCGCCGUUGACAAAUGUUAUCCACGAUGUGCAACCUCAGAUCUGCAAGGAACCUACCACUGUCGUAGCCGGCGUUAUCGACGCAGUAAAAGUCGAUCUAGAUUCCGUUGAUGACCGUAAAGGCCCUCAAGACCACUCGCCGUUGACAAAUGUUAUCCACGAUGAGCAACCUCAGAUCUGCAAGGGACCUACUACCAUCGUGUCCGGCGUUCUCGACGAAGUAAUCAAUGCGGAUUCCGUUGAUGACCGUAGAGGUCCUGGUGCAAGCCAAGACCACUGGCCAUUGACGAACAUUAUCCACAAUGUGCAGGCUCAGAUCUGGAAGGGACCUACCACUGUCGUAGCCGACGUUCUCAACGUCUUAAGAGUCAAUCCGGGUUCUGGUGAUGACCGUAAAAUUCCUGGUGCAAGCCAAGACCACUCGCCGUUGGUAAAUGUUACCCACGAUGUGCAAGCUCAGAUCUGCAAGGGACCUACUACUGUCGCAGCCGGCCCCGUCCUCCGAGACACCGUAAGGGUCAAUCCAGAUUCUGUUGAUGACCAUAAAGGUCCUGGUGCAAGCCAAAGCCACUGGCCGUUGACGAACAUUAUCCACAACGUGCCAGCUCAGAUCUGGAAGGGACCUACCACUGUCGUAGCCGGCGUUCUCGACACGGUAAGAGUCAACACAGACCCUGUCGAUGGCCAUAAAGGCCCCAGUGGUGCAGACCAAGACCACUGGCCGUUGACGAGCGUUAUCCACAACGUGCAAGCUCAGAUCUGCAAGGGACCUACCACUGUUGUAGCCACUGUUCUCGACGCAGUAAGAGUCCACCCGGAUUCCGCUGAUGACCAUAAAGGUCCUGGUGCAAGCCAAGGCCACUGGCCAUUGACAAAUGUUAUCCGCAAUGUGCAAGCUCAGGUCUGCAAGGGACCUACCACUGUGGUAGCCAGCUUUUUUGAUGUAACCAAUCUGUAUUCUGUUGGUGACCAUACUAAAGGAGUGCUUGCUGCCGGCUUGAGGUUAUUGCCAGGUUUGCCACAGUUGCCACGGGUACCUUCAGUCGGUGAUGUUGCCAAGCACAUGUUUAAGUUGGCCAUCAGAACAUUAUGGAACACCUUGGUUCCUUAUAUCAGUGUUUCUCUAAUCUCCAAAAUGCUUCUUGGUGUACUAUUCUUGGGGGCAUAUAUGAUAUUUUUCCGUAACAGAGGUGUGUAA